AUGGCGGCAUCCGCUCUCCUACGAAGCCGUGUACGACGGCCCUCGUACCUGAACAAACUCGCCAAAGCCGAAGACCUCAUUGAUCUCUUCCCUCAUGGCACCUACGUCGGCUGGUCCGGAUUCACAGGUGUUGGCUACCCCAAGAAAGGUCGGUAUCUGCUUCGAGCUUCGUCUCUCUGGGUGAAUCACUGAGACUCUCCAGUCCCUACUGCCCUCGCCGAGCAUGUCGAGAAGAACAAUCUCCAGGGAAAGCUCAAGUACAAUCUAUUCGUGGGAGCCUCGAGUGGAGCGGAGACCGAGAACCGAUGGGCGAGGAACAACAUGAUCGAACGAAGAGCUCCGCAUCAAGUCGGGAAGGAGAUCGCAAAGGGGAUCAAUAAUGGCAACAUCAACUUCUUCGACAAGCAUCUAUCGAUGUUUCCGGUGGACUUGAUGUAUGGAUUCUACACCAAGCACAAGGAGAACAAUCGCAUCGACGUCGCCGUGGUUGAGGCGAGUGCGAUCACGGAAGACGGAGGAAUCAUUCCGGGGGCAAGUGUUGGUGCUAGCCCGGAGAUCAUUCAGAUGGCCGACAAGAUCAUCAUUGAGGUCAACACGGCUGCGCCGAGCUUUGAGGGACUCCACGAUAUUACCAUGACCGAUUUGCCGCCGAGACGGAAACCAUACUUGAUCAUGGCGCCAGAGGAUCGUAUUGGAACACCGCACAUUCCCGUCGAUCCGGAAAGAGUUGUUGCUGUAGUGGAGAGCGAUUACCCAGAUCAGACCCAGCCCAAUUCUCCAGAGGAUGAAACCAGCAAGGCGAUUGCAGGACACCUGAUCGAGUUCCUGAAGCACGAAGUCUCGCAUGGUCGUCUACCGGAGAACCUCCUGCCCAUCCAGUCAGGCAUCGGUAAUAUCGCUAAUGCUGUAGUUGGAGGUCUCGCUGCCGGUGGGGCCAACUUCAAGAAUCUGAAAGUCUGGACCGAAGUGCUGCAAGACUCCUUCCUCGAUCUCUUCGACUCUGGCAACUUGGACUUCGCUACUGCGACUUCGAUCCGCUUCAGCCCAGAAGGAUUUCAUCGAUUCUACCAAAACUGGGAGAGGUACGCACCCAAGCUUCUCUUGCGAUCCCAACAGGUCUCCAACAGCCCCGAGAUCAUUAGGAGACUGGGGGUAAUCGGCAUGAACACGCCCGUCGAAGUCGACAUCUAUGCCCAUGCCAACAGUACAUGCGUCAUGGGCUCUCGUAUGUUGAACGGUCUGGGCGGAUCGGCCGACUUCCUGCGAUCUUCCAAAUACUCAAUCAUGCACACACCUUCCACUCGCCCAUCCAAGACCGACCCACACGGAGUCAGCUGCAUCGUUCCCAUGUGCACGCACGUGGACCAGACUGAGCACGAUCUCGAUGUCGUCGUGACCGAGCAGGGCUUCGCCGAUGUCCGCGGUAUGAGCCCCAAGGAAAGAGCGCGGGAGAUCAUCAAGAAGUGUGCACACCCAGAGUACUAUCCCAUUCUCAAGGACUACUUCGACAAGGCGGAAUUUGAAUGCCUGAGGAAGGGAUGGGGACAUGAGCCUCACAUGCUGUGGAAUGCGUUCGACUUGCAUAAGCAUUUGAACGAGCACGGGACUAUGAAGAUUGAUAAGUGGAGUUGGUAA